UCCCUCCCUACUCUGUCUUUCUUUCUUUCUUCCUCACACAAUUAAAUAAAAAACCCUAAUUUAUCUGCUCAAUCCCUCCCCGAUAAUGCGUCAACUUCCAUUUCAGAAAUCGUGAAAACUCGAGAUUGGUGGGUUCUGUUCAGAAGAAAGAAAAAAAAUGCUGGAAGCUGCUGAUAAAUUAUCUCAGCUAGAGAGCUGCUUCGGAGAUUGCAGCAGCAGCGAAGAAGAACUAACGGUGCUUCCACGUCAUACAAAAGUGGUCGUCACCGGGAACAACCGUACGAAAUCUGUUCUCGUCGGUCUUCAAGGCGUCGUUAAGAAAGCUGUUGGUCUCGGUGGUUGGCAUUGGCUGGUUUUGACAAAUGGAAUCGAAGUGAAGCUGCAGCGGAAUGCACUUAGCGUCAUUGAAGCUCCUACAGGGAAUGAAGAAGACGUUGAUAUUGAAGUCGACGAGCAUACGCAAUGGAAUCCUUCUGGCAUGACAUCUGAAGACACUUUGAAGACUCAUAAGGCGAAGCAAAGAGGAUACAGAUCAGCGCGGUUAUCACAUAAAGCAAUGUGCAGGGGCUUAUCUUGUGACUCACACUCAAAAACCUUGACUAGUACUCCUCGUAUGAACAUGAAGGUUGAUCUUAGCAAAUUGGAUAUGCCUGCAUUACAGAGAUAUAUACGUCACUUUAACCUGGUUGAUACACUUGCUAAUCCAACAAAGGAGCAACUACUCGACAUUGUUCAGAGACACUUCAUGUCUCAGGAAAUGGAUGAGCUUCAGGUUAUAGUGGGAUUCGUACAAGCUGCAAAAGGAAUAAAGAAAGCUUGCAGGUGGAAAUCAAAAGAACAUUAGAAACACUGAUCCGUAACCUCUCACCAGCUAAAGCUCCCUAGCUAUCUUAGGUCACAUAGUUUUAACCAUUCCGUUGCUUAAAAGAGUUUGAGUAUAUACUAGUUUAAACCUCUGCCUCUCUUGCGUUAACACUAGAUGUUGCUCUCAUGUAAUUACAUCAAGCAAUGGCCUAAAAACUAAGUAGCCCUCUAAUCUCUAAUCAAAUUAUCCAUCUUUAUUUGUCCAUA